UGACAUGCAAGGUAAUAGAGCAUUCUCCCUGAACUCCCGAAGACCUAGUUCCCAAUUUUCCAGUUCGCAGCGGGAGAAGUUUCCCCCCCUCCCUCGGUGAUCUCGCGCCCCUCCCAACCCAGGAUUGCGCGCCAAAAAGGAACUUUUCCAUUGUGACAUCAAUUGCACAGGCAGGAAAGAAGUCGAAUGGGAGGUAUCUGUUUCUGUUGGGAGCAACAAAAGAAUGAAAAUACACAUGGACAAUAGUAAAUUCAUGGAGAUGGAGCUAAAGAAUGUUGAAAACUCAGAAUCCGAUGAGCAAGAGAAAAAGGAAGACAUAGUGAUUGAGGAAAGUGAAAAGAAAGUAGAAUCUAGAAAAGAGCAGGUCCAUGAAAUGGAUGAAGAUGUUCCUCCACAGGAGCAUGAGAAGAAGGAUGACAGUGUUGAAAUAAAGGAGCGUGAGAAGGAAAAUCCAGAAGUAGAAGAACCACAUAGUAGUGAGAAAGAUGCAGGAAGUGAGUCAUAUGACAUGCUUAGUGACGAUUCAGAAGGUGAACAAACUUCAACUUCUAAAAGUGAAGAUGAGUCAAACUUUGAGGCGCCUUUAACAGAUGCAGAAGUCGAAGAACUAAUUUCCGAGUUUCUCGAAGUUGAAAGCAAAGCAGCAGAAGCACAAGAAUCACUUGAGAAGGAGUCACUUGCUCGAGUGGAAAGUGAAGUAAGAGCAGAGCUAGCUGAGAAUCUUCAGGGAGAGGAGUUGGAAAUAGCUGUGUCAAACGAGAUGAAAGCGUUCAGAGAAGAAUGGGAGGCUGUCCUUGACGACUUAGAGACUAAAAGUACCCUUUUGUUGGAACAGCUUGAUGGGUCUGGUAUUGAGCUUCCGAGCCUCUACAAGUUGAUCGAAAGUCAGGUUCCUGACAGCUGUAGUACUGAAGCAUGGAAGAAAAGAGCUCAUUGGGUUGGCUCUCAGGUGACUAGUGAAGUUAAUGAAUCGGUUAGGGAUGCUGAACAAUAUCUUCAUUCCUGUAGGCCUGUAAGGAGAAAGCAUGGUAGGCUGUUGGAAGAAGGUGCUGGUGGCUUUCUGGCUGAAAAGCUUGCCAUAAAAAAUAGUGACGAUUCUACUGAAAAUCCUGAAAAUAGUUGGAGUUCCUUUAAUGCAAUUAUUCAAUCACAUAAAAGGUUAGAGGAUAAUUCAUUUGGAAGUAGCAAUUGGGCUGCCGUAUAUUUGGCUAGUACUCCGCAGCAAGCUGCAAGUUUGGGCCUCAAAUUUCCUGGAGUUGACGAGGUUGAGGAGAUUGGUGAAAUUGAGGGUGGAGAUCUUGACACAAUUAAUUUUGUCGACGAUUUCGAGCUUUCUGAGGAGCAAAAGAGAAAUUAUAGAAAGGUAAGAGAAGAAGAUGAUGCAAGUAUAAUGAGAAAACUGCAAGAUCAUUUGAAGCGGAGAAGAAAAAAAUAUAGAAAGCGUCUGGUGUCAACUGAUAAAUUGGGCUCACAUGAGUGUUCUGAACAUGUUGGGGGAAUUGCCUCACUGGAAAAUUGUUCACUCGAUGUCAGUAACGGUGAUAAUUCCAUCCAAGAAUCAAAACCUGAUAUGCUAGAUCCAAAUGAAGCUAGAAAUGAAAGCAGUGCUGUUAAUGGUUCUUGCAAGCAUCCGCAUGAAGAAGAGGAUGCAGACGUUAACGUGAAAAGGUGUAAAACUGUUGUCAUAGAGAGUGAUGAUGAAAAUGAUGCACAAAACAAUAGUCAUAGUUCGCCAUCACGAGGAAAGAAGGUGGUUGAUGUGAUAGAUGUUGAUGCCCUCUCUUCACCAUGCCCUAAUUUUAGCACAAAAGUUCGUCCUAAAACUUUCAGUUGCACUGCUUGCUCCGAAAUCCUGAAUGCUUCUGAAGCACACAGACAUCCUUUGUUGGAAGUCAUUAUUUGUGGAUCUUGUAAGUUUCUGCUAGUAGAGAAGAUUCGUGUUGAGGAUUCUGGGGAAGGUGGUUAUUGCAGGUGGUGUGGAAAGGGCAUUGAUCUUCUAAAUUGUAACUCGUGUAAGAUGCUAUUUUGUACUAUAUGUAUAGCGCGAAAUUUUGGCGAAGAAUGCUUAUCAGAAGCUAAAGCCUCUGGUUGGCAGUGUUGUUGCUGCUCACCCAAUCGACUGCGGCCACUUAUUUCGGAAUAUCAAAGAGCCUUUGGUGGUCCUGAGGUUUCUAGUUCUGAGAGUGAUUCAGAGCUUUCAGGCACUGAAAUGGACAUUCCAAUUGGCAACAAGAAAAGGCGAAAAAAGAAGAUUAGAAGGAUUCUAGAUGAUGCAGAACUUACAGAGGAAACAAAGAGUAAAAUUGCAAUUGAGAAGGCUAGACAAGAACAUCUUAAGACAAUGCAAGUACAAUCUGCUAGCAAAUUAUGGAGUAUGAGUUCGAGAAAUGUUAAUGGAGCUGCAAUAAAAGGCGCUAUAAAGGUUGAGGAUGCAACAGAAGGUUAUAUUGUAAAUUUAGCGAGGGAGGAAGAUGAGGAGCCUGUGCGGAUUCCAGCCAGUAUUUCUGUAAAGUUGAAGCCACACCAGGCCGAUGGCAUACGGUUUAUGUGGGAAAACGUCAUUCAGUCUGUCAAGAAGGUCAAAUCUGGGGAUAAAGGUCUUGGAUGCAUUUUAGCUCACACUAUGGGGCUGGGGAAAACUUUCCAGGUGAUUGCCUUUCUUUACACUGCUAUGCGAACUGUUGAUCUAGGACUUAGAACUGUGCUUGUAGUUACCCCUGUUAAUGUUCUUCAUAACUGGAAACAUGAGUUCAUAAAGUGGCGACCUACGGAGCUAAAGCCCCUUCGAGUAUAUAUGUUGGAAGAUGUUUCCAGGGAAAGAAGACCAUAUUUGCUGUCAAAAUGGAGAGUUAAGGGUGGAGUACUCCUGAUAGGUUAUGCGUCUUUUCGAAAUUUAUCACUUGGAAAGCAUGUGAGGGAUAGGAAUGCUGCAGCAGAGAUGUGCCAUAUUCUGCAGUAUGGACCUGAUAUACUAGUCUGUGAUGAGGCUCACAUGAUCAAGAACACUAGGGCUGAUACAACCCAAGCUUUAAAGCAGGUGAAGACGCAGAGAAGAAUUGCAUUAACAGGGUCACCAUUGCAGAACAAUCUGAUGGAAUAUUAUUGUAUGGUUGAUUUCGUAAGGGAGGGAUAUCUGGGUACUAGUUAUGAAUUCCGGAACCGGUUCCAGAACCCCAUAGAAAAUGGGCAGCAUGCUAAUUCUACAAAAGAUGAUGUUAAGAUAAUGAACCAGAGAUCACACAUUUUGUAUGAACAAUUGAAAGGGUUCGUCCAGCGAAUGGACAUGAAUGUGGUAAAGAAGGACCUACCUCCGAAAACUGUUUAUGUCAUUACUGUAAAGCUAUCUCCAUUGCAGAGGAAAUUGUACAGAAAAUUCUUGGAUGUCCAUGGUUUUACAAGUGCUUCUGACAAAUCAAUUAGACGUAGUUGCUUCUUUGCUGGUUAUCAAACAUUAGCUCAGAUAUGGAACCAUCCUGGGCUUUUGCAGAUGGCGAAAGAGCACAGAGAUCAUCUACGACGAGAAGAUUCUGUUGAGAAUUUUCUCGAGGAAGAUAGCUACAGUGAUGAUAAUAUGGAAAAUGACUUGCUCAAUGGAGAUAAGGUGAAGACGAAGAGGGAUUUCUUGCCCAAGAAAAGUGAUAAUAUCUUUUUCAAUGAGGAAAGCAACUGGUGGGAGAAUCUUCUGGGUGAGAAGAUGUACAAGGAUGCUGAUUGCAGUGGUAAAAUGAUAUUACUGCUUGAUAUCCUCUCCAUGAGUGCUGAGGUGGGCGACAAGACAUUGAUUUUCAGCCAAAGCUUAACAACUCUAGAUUUGAUAGAGUUUUAUCUAUCAAAAUUACCGCGAAUAGGAAGAGAAGGAAAAUUCUGGAAGCAAGGGAAGGACUGGUAUAGGCUAGAUGGAAGUACGCAUUGUUCUGAGAGGCAGAAGCUUGUGGAAAGAUUUAAUGAGCUUACUAAUAAGAGAGUGAAAUGUACAUUGAUAUCGACUCGUGCUGGAUCCCUGGGCAUUAAUCUUCAUGCUGCAAACCGUGUUAUUAUUGUUGAUGGUUCUUGGAAUCCAACAUAUGACUUGCAGGCUAUAUAUCGGGUUUGGAGAUAUGGGCAAAACAAGCCUGUCUUUGCUUAUCGAUUGAUGGCACAUGGGACUAUGGAAGAAAAGAUAUACAAGAGACAGGUGACAAAGGAAGGAUUAGCAGCAAGGGUUGUGGAUAAGCAACAGGUUCAUAGAACAAUGUCCAAAGAGGAAAUUCUGCAUCUUUUUGAUUUUGGUGACGAGGAUUUAGUAGAGAAGCACCAGGAAAGUCUCACAUUAGGUAAUUCGGGAAACAUUGAAGUAGAAUCUUCUGAGGGGAAGAAUUCAUUGCCUCAUUCUAAUGAGCUUGGAUGUUCAGACUGGCUCAUGAGAAGCUUACUAAGCAGGCAUCGUCCUAGGUGGAUUGCAAACUACCACGAACAUGAGACCCUUCUACAAGAAAAUGAAGCAGAAAGGCUUACUAAAGAGGAGCAAGACAUGGCAUGGUUAAAUUUCCAAAGAUCGAUGGAAUGGGAAGAGGUUCAUCGGACUGUUUUUGAUGAUCCCGAGCGAAGACCGGUAAUACAUGAUGUUCCCACAGAUAACACUGCUCCUCAACAAUCCAAGGCUAGUUCAACUUCAAAGAGCCACCAAGUAUCAAAUGAUGGUCUGGCAGAGAACAGUGUUCCUUCUCAACAAGCCAAGAGUAGUUCAAAAGGCCGCCAAAUUAACCCACGCAAGUGUAGCAACCUAGCCCACCUGCUAACUUUGAGAAGCCAGGGCACAAAAGCUGGAUCCAGCACCGUAUGUAAAGAAUGUUCUCAGGAGAUCAGCUGGGAGAACCUCAACAGGGACGGAAGAUCAAAGUGACGCGGUAAUCUCUGUUCAUAUAAAUAUAUAUAUGUAUUUUUUGGCUCAAUUCUUUUUUGUAAAGUGAAUGCUGAAUCUGGUGGGCUUUUUGUUAGAAGGGGUCCAUCUAUAUAGAAACUAAAGAUAUAGUAGAUUGUUUCUUUUUUCCUUUUUAACCCUUUUUUUUUUUUUAUCAUUUUGUGAAUCGCCUGAUCAAUUACUCAUAUUAACAUCUCUAUAAAAAUGUAUAAAUUUUUUUUCCC